CAGACACGCCAUCAACAGUCAUGGUGGGCAUGAGCGUUCUGCGGACGGUGGCUGCUUUUACAGCCAGAUUAAACCCGUUGAAACAACCUUAUCUGUCAACAAAUCUACUCUCUAGGGCUGUUGCACGUUCAGAACAAGUUGUUGUCCGUCAUGGGAGCCAUGGUAAAAGGAUGUUUAUCAUCAAGCCCACUGACUUCUAUGAUAGAAGAUUUCUCCAUCUGCUGAAAUACUAUAUUCUUCUUACUGGCAUCCCUGUUGCUGCACUUGUGACUUCUGUAAAUGUUUUCAUUGGAGAGGCUGAGUUGGCAGAAGUACCUGAAGGCUAUGAACCAGAACACUGGGAGUACUAUAAGCAUCCCAUCACCCGUUGGAUUGCUCGUACCUUUUAUGACAGCCCUGUGAAGGACUAUGAGAAAAUGAUGGCACUUAUCCAAAUUGAGGCAGAGAAGGCUGAAAUGAGACAAAAACAACUUGAUGUACGCAGACACAUGAGGGAAAAAGGAGAUGGACCCUGGUUUCAAAUAAAGACACUUGACAAGGGUCUGAUUGAUCAUAGCCCAAAGUCAUCCCCUGAUAACUAGAUGUGGUCAUGCACACCUGUCAAAAAUAUUCAGGCAUUAUACAAUGUAUAAUGUGUUGUUAUUAAAAUAUUGUGAAUUCUGGAUUUUUUUUUUUCCUCUCUCUUCUUUGCCUCUGGCACUAAUAAACUAAAGAUUAAAACUUA